CGCCAGUGUCUACAUUUCUCAAUUUGAUUCAAAAUUUCAAACCAAAACUCUCUCCAAUUCUCAUUUCCAUCUUUCGUUUUUUGUAUUCGCAUUCGCUGUUCUCAAUUUCUCUUGAAUUUCUGCAGCAAUGGUCGUCGCGCAGAAACUGAAAGAAGCGGAGAUCACCGAGCAGGACUCGCUUCUUCUGACAAGGAAUUUGCUUCGCAUUGCUCUAUUCAAUAUCAGCUACCUCAGAGGCCUUUUUCCAGAGAAGUAUUUCAAUGACAAGUCUAUCAAGAAGCUAAUGCCUAUGGAUGCUGAGUCUCGUAGACUGAUUGAUUGGAUGGAGAAAGGUGUCUAUGAUGCAUUGCAGAAGAAGUAUCUGAAGACACUACUAUUCUGUGUGUGUGAAGCAAUAGAUGGUCAAAUGAUUGAAGAAUAUGCAUUUUCUUUUAGCUACUCCAACUCCGAUAAUCAAGAGGUUUCAAUGAAUAUUAAUCGCACUGGAAACAAGAAAGGAGGAACAUUCAAAUGUAACUCCAGCAUUGAAAUUACACCCCAACAGAUGAGGAGUUCUGCCUGUAAAAUGAUACGGACAUUGGUUCAGUUGAUGAGAACUCUGGAUAAGAUGCCUGAGGAGCGGACUAUAUUGAUGAAACUCCUUUACUAUGAUGAUGUGACGCCAGUGGACUAUGAGCCUCCAUAUUUUAGAAGCUGUAAAGAAGAAGAAGCCCAUAAUACAUGGACAAAAAGUCCUUUGAGAAUGGAGGUUGGGAAUGUCAACAGCAAACACUUUGUCUUAGCUCUAAAGGUGAAGAGUGUACUUGAUCCAUGUGGGGAUGAAAAUAAUGACAGUCAAGAUGAUGAAGUGAGCUUAGGAACUAAUCAUGCACAAGGAGGCGACAAUUCUAAUUCUGACAGUGAGGAUUAUCCAACUCAAGAAAAUCAAUUCAUAGUUGUUCCAGUAGAUAAGCAACAAGCAGAAGAAGAUAAUGGCAUCAUUGACGAAGAUGAUACUCAAGAUCCUGUGGAAGAUGAAGAACAAUUGGCUAGGGUGAAGGACUGGAUCAACUCUUAUCAUCUUGAUACUAUUGAACUUACUGAUGUUCUCUCAAAUUUCCCAGACAUCUCACUGGUUCUAACUGAAGAAAUUUUGGACAAGCUUGUAAAGGAAGGAGUUUUAUCAAGGACAGGAGAGGACAGUUAUACCAUAAACAAUCAAAAGAAGCCUGACUUUGAGUUCAUGGUUAAGGAAGAAAUGGAUGGUCAAGCAGUCCCAAUUGAUGAGAAAUCUCCGAAGGUUGAUGAUCACAUGUACAUGAAGGCUUUAUAUCAUGCUCUGCCAAUGGAAUAUGUGACGGUUGCAAAGCUUCAGAACAAGCUGGAUGGACAGGCAAAUCAGAGCACUGUUCGAAGACUUAUAACUAAAAUGGCCCAUGAUGGUUUUAUUGAAGCUAAAGGAAACCGCAGACUAGGCAAGCGUGUCAUCCGCUCAAUUUUGACUGAGAAAAAGCUGAUGGAAGUCAAGAAAGCUUUGAACAGUGAUUUUAUGGAUGUGGAUGUCAAUGAACCACAGAAGAAAAGCAAAAAUCCAGAAUCCUACUCAACUGUAAGCAACCAUAGGGAUAUGUCCACAUGCGGCCUCCUCCACUCUGUUGGAUCAGAUAUGACACGCAUGAAGAGUAAAUCUGACAUGCAUCAAAAUGGUUCAACAGGAAGUGAGCAGACUAUCUCAAAGACCAAGGAGAAUGGAAACACUCCCACAAGCAGAGCUGAGCCUGUAGCUUCAAGGGAAAGCUUCAUACCAGGAUAUGAGAAAAGCAAAGCAAAUGGAAACUGUGAUGAGGCAGACAAUGUUAUCUGCAGUGGACCCUCCCAGGAGAAGCGUGGCAGGAAAGCAAGCAUGGUCAAGGAUCCAAUCCUCCAGUAUAUGAAGCGCCAGAAAUCUCAACCCAUAUGAAAGGCAUCAAGAAUGUAAUCCCAUGCUUUCUUUAUCUACUUUCAGUUAAAAACUUAACAUAUAGAAAAGUAAAGAAUUUUAUCAGAUUUGGAGAGCUUGUUAUAUAAAUAUAAAAACUUCAUGCCUGGAUAGUUUGAUUCAUAAAUAUUGGCCACUGCUUUUGGUCAAUGCUAGAAAUCAAAAUGUUAAGAUUUCAUUGUUUUUAGUACUCAGUGAAAAUUUAUAGUUACCUAUCAAUGGAAUUAUGCGAGUUCUAGUACUUU